AUGCAUUUCAUUGUCUCAUUCGAACCAACAAAUGAACGGGCGAUUUUUCAAAACGACAAUACGACUGAACGAUUAACCAUCAAAGAUCUGCUAAAAUGGAUCUGCAGACGAUUUCAUUUCGAAAACAGUUCUGGUGAAACAGGCAAUCGACGUUUAUCAUUGAUGUAUAACAGCACUGAAUUACAACCACACUGGUUUCUCGAAGAUAUUCAGAUUCAAUUUGGUGCGACGGUUCGAUGUAUGGUGAAGGAAGAUCGUAUACCUGAUUAUCGGUUGUUUCUACCGAUUCGAAAUGAAACAUUCGAUGUAUACGAUUCGGGAAUGCAUCCAACAGAAACGACUGUUCUUCAACUACGGAUCGUUGCUAGUCAUAAAUCAGGCCUUCCAUUAUCGGCAUUUCGUCUUAUAACAGAUAAAAAUACGGAUUUAGUCGACCAUAUUCGAUUGUCACAAUAUGAUAUAGAUUACCGUUCAACAUUGACAAUACAAACAUGGAUUGGUUGGUCAGAUUUUUUUACAUAUACAAUCAAAGGUUAUACGAAAGCUGUUUUGAAAUUAUUACAUUCUGAUGAACUUGUUCGUCAAUAUAUGAUACAAGUUGCACUAUACUGUGCUGCUCAUUAUGGAAAUGUAGAUUUAGCUGGAGCUUUACUUCAGUUAGGAGCACGGGCAGAUCGUCCAGUUGGUCAUCAUCCUUCUCGGCAAUGGUGUUCUCGAGAUUGCACUCACGAAGAAUAUCUUCGCUGUCCAAUACAUGAAGCCAUCGAAGCCCAACAAGUCGGUGUCGUUCUUCUUUUCGGUAGUCGUGAUGUUACUAUACUCCAAAAACCGGAUGGAUAUGGCAUAAAACCGUGGCGGCUGGCUCUACGUCAAGAGGUAAGUCCAAAACAACGUGAAAUUGCUCUAUUCAUCUUAACCAAACAAUUCGGUGGUGUUCAAAUUUCGAAUAAAGUGACAAUUGCUUAUCGGCACAUUUAUCUUUUUAAACAAUGGGCUGAUCGAGCACGUGAACAAGUUUAUGCUACGUACGGUGUACAAUACAGUUCAUUGAAACGUAAACCAUUAGUCAGACAUGGUGAAUCAUUGUUGGGUUAUAAAAUACUAAUCGACGGGUAUAAUAAUAAUUUUCAUGAUUAUUAUUCGACAGCUGAAUAUGCAAAGGAGAAAAUGCGGGCGGCGUAUGUUACACUAGAUGAAAAAGAAAAGAUCAAAUUGAAAAAUACCGAACUUUAUAUGAAAAACUUUAAUGUCACGACUUCAUUACAAUCAAAAAUCUUGACAAAUCCAACAGGAACUCAAAACGUCAAAGGCGCACAAUCCACACUUUUAACAGCAGAGUCCCAUGAAAUCAGUAUUGGGAAAAAACUAUGGGCGAAAGUAGCAAAAUUAUAUCGUUUGGAAACAUCACUCCUUCGAAAUGCAAUAGAACUCAUUGAAACAGGACUUAUCACUGAUGAAGUGUCGCCAACGCCAAGCCGACGUACGCAACGUGCGAUGACCAGUCGAGUAUCAUCAUCGAUUUCAUCGGCUUCAACAGCCAAUGUAUAUGUGCCGAUUCGUAUUCGUUUAUUUGCUGCACAAUUUCGUUUAAUCAAGGAGAUGAUGUACAGACCAGAUAAGGACGGGCGAACAUUGCGUCACUUGAGUGGUGUCGAAUGGGCGAAAGUUCGGCGCGGACAGAACAAUGCUUGGCAAACAAAACGUGCUAGUACAGCGGUAAAAGCCAAAAUGAAAGAGAAACGAAUCAAAUUGAAAGAAGAAAUCAAAACUAAAGCGACUCAACUGCCCGACAUGCAACGCGAAGAAUCUUCAUCAGCCAAAAUACCUUUACCGAGAGAACGUCGGAAAGUGGAUUAUCGUUUUAUACUACGCGGUGAUGAUACACUUCACAAAGAAAUCAUGUACGAUUGGGAGAAAAUAUCCCGUUGUACUCUACCUUCCCUAGCUGUACACAGUUUAACGGAAGCUAGUAAAUUCCCGCGGAAAUCAUGGAUGCGACAAGUUGAUAUUGCUAUCCAUUUCGCAACCAAUUUCAGCCGACGUUCAUUCCAUACGGCUGUUCAAUGA